CUUGUAGCAUACGCCGUGUACUUCGAUCACAAGCGCCAGACCGACCCGGAGUUCCGGAAAUCGCUGAAGCGGAACAACCGUCGCCUGGCUCGCGCUGUCAAGGAGGAGGCGGAGGCCCAGGGCGCGAUGCAGCGUGAGACCAUCAAGGCGGUCGUCCAGCAGGCCAAGGAUGAGGGUUUCCCCACCGACCUGGAGGAGAAGGAGGCAUACUUCAUGGGCCAGGUCGCCAAGGGCGAAUCUCUGUGCGCCGAGGGCUCCGCCAACGUCGAGGCGGCUCUCGCCUUCUACAAGGCCCUGAAGGUCUACCCGCAGCCCAAGGACCUCAUCUCGAUAUACGACAAGACCGUCCCUAAGGAUGUGCUCGAGAUCCUGGCCGAGAUGGUCGCCAUGGACACCAGCCUCAAGCUGGGCGGCUUCACCAGCGAGACCGGCAGCGUCGAUGGCCACGGCGUCGAGUAA